GUACUCGAGAGCGACGAAGAAAGCAUGAAGUCGAUCCAUGACACUGCCCUCAGAGGCGAUCGCCUCGAAGGUUGCACCGGCUGCUCGGUCGAGCGUUUCACUACUGACUACUUCGCUCGGAGGUCGCACAUGCCAACGAACCGUGGGACUCCCAUCCAACGGUGCCAGCCACAUGCUCCCACGAAGGGAGAGCUGCGCCAAUGGAAUCGCAGCAAGUGCACCAAGGAGAUCGUCCCCAUACCCUCUGCUCCAGAUCAGCAAAGGAUUGAACAGGAUGUGGAGGCAGCCGUGCCCGCAGGCAGUUCUUCCGCGACGUGCUCCAAGACAGCACAAUCCGGCUGGGACAUUGCAGAGCUGGCUUCAGGCCCCCACCUGCGCGGAAUUGUGAUGGUUGUGUCUGUUGCGUUCUGGUUCGCUGCCAGGACAUGGCUGCCGCAGAUUUCCAUGCUCCCUUUCAUUAUGCUGUGCACAGCAUCCACGAGUGCUUUGUGGUGCACACCGGAAGGUGUUGUUGUUUCGCUUGGGCCAGUCCCGAUUUGCAUCUUCAGACGACGAAUACCUUACAGGGACAUCACCUCGAUCGUGGUGGUUCGCGGGCGCAAAUCUGUGGCUGUUGCGAUGGCAAAGCACUUGUUCCGUUUAUGGCAACCUUUUGGAUAUGUCUACGCAUUGACACUGGGCAAGGACGUCGUCGACAUUCGACUCCGCCAUUGCAAGGAGAAGCAGUCCGCAGAUGACAUUUCACCGGCACCUGCAGGCAGCUGGCUGCCUUGGCUUGGCUGCAGCCCCUGCACGCUGCUGGUCUCAGUGGACAAG